GUGAAACCAUUGGCAGACUGUGCGGAAUAGCGCUGCGCCGGAGGGUUGUAUAGCUGCAGACUUUUUGAUGUAGCUUUGAGCUGGCGGUGGGUGACAAAGGAUUCCACAACCCAUUCUGCUGGACUGUGCUUGCCACGGUUAUCCUCAAUUGAAAAUAUUGUGUUCAAAUAAAAGGAUGCAAUGGAUGGCCAUUGAUAUCCAUGGGGAUAGAUGGUGGUGAAAUUGACUGGUCUGUCUUUGUUGGGGGAAUUUUUCUGGAAGGUGAUAUCGCAACGAUGGUGUGUCAGACGUUCAGAAGUUUACAAAGAGGCGAUGUCAGUGCUCCUUUGCUUGCUGUGACGGUGCUUGGGGUUCUGUUUGCAGGGAUGCAAGAAACCACAGCAUUUCCCACCUGGAGAAUAGAGGAAGAAGCUCACACCUCCGGUGUGUUGAUGAUUGGGAUUCGUAAAGAUGCUCACUCGCAGGUUCUCCACCUCUCCAGGAACAAGCGCUACACCUUCACCCCCGAGAAACUAAAAUGGGACAAGUUCAAGCUCACAUACAAGCUGCUCUCUUUCCCAAGGAACCUGAUGAAUGCCAGUGACACGCGACGGGGCAUCGCCAAAGCUUUCACUAUGUGGAGUGACGUCUCACCCUUCAGCUUUAGAGAGGUUCCCGCUGACCAGGAGGCAGACAUCAAGAUAGGCUUCUACCCCAUCAACCACACAGACUGUCUGCAGUCCUACUUGCACCACUGUUUUGACGGCAUUACUGGCGAACUGGCCCACGCCUUCUUCCCCCCAACGGGGGAGAUCCACUUUGACGACCAUGAGUAUUGGAUUCUGGGAAACAUGCGCUUCAGCUGGAAAAAAGGGGUGUGGCUGACAGACUUGGUCCACGUAGCGGCUCACGAGAUCGGCCACAUCCUGGGCCUCAUGCACUCCCUGAACCCUAAGGCCAUCAUGCACCUGAACGCAACUCUGACGGGGCGCAAGCUCAUCACACAAGACGAGGUGUGGGGCCUGCACCGACUCUACGGAUGUUUGGAUAGAUUAUUUAUCUGUCCAGCCUGGGCGCGGAAAGGCUAUUGCGACAGUAAGCGCAAACUCAUGCAGAAGCACUGCCCCUCCAGCUGUGAUUUCUGUUACGAGUUCCCAUUCCCCACUGUGGCCCCCACCCCCACACCCCAACGGACCAAACACAAACUGGUGGCUGAGGGGAAGAAGCUCACCUUCCGAUGUGGGAAGAAAAUUGCAGCUAAGGAAGGCAAAGUAUACUGGUACAAGGACGGAGAGCUUCUGGAGUACUCCCACCCUGGCUACCUCUCCCUAAAGGACGACCACAUCAGUAUUGUGGCCAAUGCUAUCAACGAGGGCACAUACACCUGCAUCGUGAGGAAAAAGAACAAGGUCCUCACCAACUACUCCUGGAGGGUACGUGUGCGCUUCUGAGGGCAUUGCCACUCUCUGCACACAGAAGCACUGGGUAUUAGCACAGAGACCGACCACACACACACGACUACAGAAGAAUAAUUCCUAGAAAAGAGGUCCCUCAGACCACUGCAAUUUCACUACACCCUCUUGGGUACACUCAAAAUGGACACCAGUCCACCCAUUGACUUGAAUGUGGAUGUCCGUUAUAGAAAUUAUAUUUCCAUGCACACAUUCGCUCACACAAACAUUGCUUGGUCAAAUGGGGACUGCACUCACUUGGGCACAUGUUUUAAUGUAUGUACAUUCUAUUUCUAAACAAUCAUGUUAAGUCAAAAAAAAAAUAAUGCAUUUUCAUAUGUACACAAUAAACACUUGUUCUGUGA